AUGUUUCAGCUAAAGGAAACCCCUGCUGAGAGGGCAAAAAUCCUCAAAAGCAUCAAAGAUGCCAUACUUGAAAGUGACCAGGCCAAGGAUGCUUCGACUAUGCUUCCAGGCAAUAACAUUCGGAAGGCUAUCCAUACAUAUUACUUGCAUUUUCUGGAGGAUGACGAGGACCGCGAUCUCGAGCAAAAAAUCAUCGAGGGAGCUCAUAAACUCACAUCUGGUGCAGGCAUCAUCACUGUAGAUAUGGUCAAGGCCGUCAGGAUGACAAGCCUCUGGAUGCUGCAGCAUUCAAGACUGAAUUCUCUCCUUUUGAUGUCACACAGAAGUUUGUUCAAAGAAGAAAUUGGGGAGACAAAGCUGGUCUGGUCCUGGUGCAAUGCCCUGUCACCAGAUGUACAUGAGGAGCUCAGACUUGUGGCAGAAAAGUGGAACCAGGAAGGUGCUCUUUCCGACGCCAAGGACAGAUACCGCAGCCGACACCAGAAGAAAAUCAUGGAGGACUUCAUAAAGAUGGCAGGAAGAACCAUGGGUUUACAUGUUGUGAUGCUCGUAGCUCAUGAUCGAGGGGAGGGGAAAAUGCCUGGAACAACCAUGAAGGCGAAGAAAACCUUUACUCUGGCUACCAAAGACAACAAGAAAAUGGGCUGGAGAGUCCAAGACCGACUUGCUGACUGGCUGAAUGAAGCCGAGUAUAGCUUAGAACCUGAGGACCAAUCUGACGAGGAAGAUGAGAAGUUGCCCGAUUUAACAGUGGAGGUAGACAAUGAGGGCUAUCCUUACCUACCGACAGGCUUUGAAUCUCUCAUGCUCAAGAACCAGCAGAAGGUCGUACGAAAGGUAUUUCAAAAGGCUUAUGCGGUCAUCUCAAACAACCCUAGGGCUGCAGUCCCCUGGGGUCAUAUUACCCAAGAUCCAGACCAUUACCUUGACAUGGACUGUAUUCCUCGAAAUGUCGUCAUCAAGGAUCCUUCUCACCUGCAGAAGGAAGCCAUCAGUAUGAUUUUUCACUUUGGAAAUAUUUUCAUUGGGUAUAAGAAAGGCGACUUCUAUGAUUCACUGGCUAAGAAGGGGGAUAUGAGGACGAGGGUACUGAAGAAGGCCCCCCAAGCCAAUGGUUCUUCUGACGAAGAGGAUGACUUGGAAAGCCACACCCCAUCUCUUUCCGAUUCCUGCCUGAAUUCCAUAUGGGUGGUGACACAGUCGUGUUAUCUUCAAUCCCUCUCUACCCUCCCAACAUAUUCUCGUCUGUUGGCCACAGUUCAAAAACUCUCCAAGACACAAACUCCUGAUCCUAAGGGCAAGGCUAGGAAGCAACAUCUGCCUGUCUGGGCAUCUUGGACGUGGUCUGAGGCAUAUCUACCUCAAAAUAUGCACAGUGAUAUUCAGGCUUCCUCUGUCGCUUUGGAGGAACUAGGCAACUAUGUCAUCAAAUCUUGUAGUUUGGGUAUGAUUGUUGUCCUGGGCCUUGGACUCCUCAUUCGUGAGUGUUGCCGCGCUCAGGAGUAUGAAGCAGAUGAGGCUGGAGAUGAUGUGCCUCAAUAUUUGGGCGACUCCAUCCUUGGCUUCGAGGUGGGGGACAAGGUUGAAGAGGCCAUUAUCAGAAUCCAGGUGAAGGUGGACGCAAUGCUGCCAGAUGGUAAUGAGAAGCAGAUGACAGUGGGGGAAGAAGUUCACAUGAGGCGCCUGGAGAACAAAAGGCAGGUGAAAGAGAGGAGGGAGGCAGAGCAGGCAAAGGUGGCUGAGGAAAAGAGGGUGGCUGAGGAGAAGAGGGUGGCUGAGGCGUCUCAGAUGACUGAUCAGAGGGCUGCCACAUCAAAGAAGGCAAGCAGUACUAACACUGGAGGAAAAGGGAAGGGUAAACGCCCAGCAACAGAUGUGGAUGAUUCAGUCAUGAAAAAGGUGAAGACAUCUGCUCCUCCUGAUCCUCCUUGUCGCUCUACCAGAGACAGAGCAGCUUCAAAGAAGUUUAAGAACUGA